AUUUUUGAAAACAUUAAUUCAGUAAAUUACUGUUAAGUAAACAUAAAGGCUAAGAACAAAGAUGCUCCACGAGUAUAGAUAGAUAGACACCUAUCAAUAUUCAAUCUAUCUAAACGCUCUUUCUUCCGAAGGCAAACACAGAUCUAUAUGAAAGAGAAAAACCAGUGCACUUUCUAUUUUUUCUUUCACUAAAUUGGAUUCUGAGAAUCUCAGUGGAGCCUAUUAAGGCUCUGCGAUAUGCACCAUACGUUAUUCGGUGUUGUGCUUUUCGGCGGCGAGAUUGGGUGGGAGAAAGAGAUAAUUCUUCUUCACUCAAAUUUAAAUAUCAUCAUUGCAAUUUAUUGAUUUCGAUUCUGCUCCCCCAUUUAAUUGCAUUGCUUAAUAUACAGCAACACGGGUGAUGGCAGCGACGACGGCGAUGGAGGCGGAGGCGGUGUGGUCCGUGAAGUGCUACUGCUGCGGGUUAACGGAGGAGUGCACGCCGCGUUACAUUGACGGCGUUAGAGAGAGAUAUCAGGGUCGUUGGAUUUGUGGUUUGUGUGCAGAGGCAGUGAAGGAAGAGGGUUUGAAAUUGAAGGAUGAUGUUGAUGUUGAUGUUGAUGUUAGCACCGAUGAAGCGCUGAAGCGCCACAUGAAGUUCAGAUCUUCCACUUCUAGCCCUCCCAACAAACCCACCCUUGACUUGAUUCUCGCAAUGAAGCACCUUCUUUUCCGUUCUUUGGAUUCUCCGAGGAAGGAGCCUUUGACUUUUUCGCCACUUGCAACAUCACGCACGUGCUUUUCACCUGGAUCCUCAAAGGGGGAGCCACAAGAGGCUAGAGAGGUUGUGGUAGCAUUUCCAGAGAUGAGAGAGCAUGUGUCUUAAGUUGCUUAGCAUUGAAUUUGAGAACUCAAAACUCUUUGUUUGCAGAGCUGAUGGGUGUCAUAAUAGCUAUUAAGUUGGCUAGCUGCUAAGAAGAAUUGGAGCAAGCGUUGACUGGAGUGUGAUUCUGAGUUGGAGGUCAAAGUCUUUAGAAACCCCACUCUCGUCACAUGAAAGUUGGCAAAUCAUUGGACUGACUACAUUCAUAUUAAUAAGAAUAUGCACUUUCAAGCAAGUCACAUUUAUAGAGAAGAUAUGUCCCUAAUGUAACUACAAUUACUUCUUUCUGCUGGUGGAAUUAUAUUUCCCUUUUGUGGCAGCAGAAUACAACAAAAUAAGAUAAUAUAGAUAAAUUGAAUUUUCAUGA